GUGACCUUCACUUAAGCUGCGGUUUAAUAGUCACGCGAACACGAAAGGGCGAUCUGAGAAUCAAACGUUGGACUUAACGCAGCCAGUGAUGGCGCAAUCAAACCCUCCCCUUGAUUCGCAGCACACAAAAGGUCGAUUUGCUAAUAAGGUGUGUAUCAUAACUGGUGGAGCAUCGGGGAUCGGGAGAGCCACUGUGAACCGAUUUGCCAACGAUGGAGCUUCAGUAGCCGCGUUUGAUGUCAACGAACCUGCUGGUAAACAUUUGCAGGAUGAACUUACGGCCGCUGGAUACGAUGCCAAGUUUUAUAAAGUGAAUGUAGCAGAUAAAGAGCAGUGUGUAGAAGGAGUGAAGAAAGUCGCGGAACAAUACGAAGGAAAAAUUCAUUUUCUGGUGAACAACGCAGGCGUUGCCCCGACUCGUAGUGGUCUGGAUUCUUCAAAAGAGGACUGGGAGAGAAUUUUGGGAAUAAAUGUCAUUGGCUAUUCCAACAUGGUGCAAGCCUGUUUUCCAUUUAUGACUGAAGCAGAGGCCUGGGACUGUGCUGUGGUGAACAUUAGUAGUGUCCAGUCCCACCGUGCUCAAGCUGUCGAUAUGGGCUGGACAUACGCGACAAGUAAAGGUGCUGUAACAGCAAUGAGCAGGAGGAUGGCUCUGGAUUUAUCCCCUCAUGGAAUCAGAGUAAACUCUAUUUCUCCCGGAUAUACCUGGACUGCAAUGGCAGAAUCAAUUGUGGGUGAGAGGAAGAACAUUGAGCCAACCGUUGCCAAGCUACAGAUGAACCGGCGGUUCUGUGAGCCUGCAGAGGUAGCAGCAACCAUUGCCUUCCUGUGCAGCAAAGAUGCUUCAGCUAUAACUGGUGCAGAUUUGGCGGUCGAUGGAGGAUAUUUAGCUCUAGGCCCUGAAGGACUUGGAGAGUAGCCGUCGAAUUCACGUAAAACUAAAUGGCCGCGGGAAUCCUUCGAAACGGACUGAAAAAUAAGAGAUUAGGGGUGUACAGGUCUUUGGUGGAUUAGAAACAAGAUUUAAAUUCUUGGGGCGGGGGAGACUCCCAUGUGAAAAGGUGGGGAUGCUUGUCGACUCGCUUAGGGGUGGAAAUCACGGAUUUCAAUCUCACUUAGGCUCCAUGGUCAAACGCCACUAUUUUAAGCCGUCAAGAUAUCUUUUUGAUUUCACUCGAAAAAGUAAUAAAAAGCGUUGUCAUGUGUUUCUUAAAGUCGUACCUUUUAGGAACCAAAUAAAACUGUAGCCAUACCAGAUGGGCUCCUUUAAAUUCAAAUUUUCCAACUAGCAUCCCCUCGCACAUGGAAGUCCCCCACUCCCGGAUUGAACUAUGAGUGGCUACACGUUAAUUAUUUGUUUCUAAUGAUGACGUACUGGCCUACGAUCUGGCUGUUCUCAUGUAAAGGUCGUUCGUAAGUCGUGCCGAUGGCCAACAAAGUCACCCGUGCUUGUAAACUGUGCCGCAAUAAAAUUUAAAAUAAGAUCAAUUAGUGGAAAGCAA